ACAGGGGGCGCAUGGCUUUCCCCGGCUGCGGACAGAUUACUGCAGCACACAAUGUCUGCGCUGUGUGCUUGUGCUCGGGGGAGGUCGGGUUUUUCGGGGCGCAGUCGGGUGUUAUGUGCCCAGCUUAGUACCCCCCCUCACCAGGAGCAGCAGGCUGGCACCGAAUGUGGCACAACCCCAGUGGACCUUAGUGCCCCGGAGAAAGUGGAUAACAGAGCCCAGCUGUGGAGCCGCUACCAUGAGAUGAAGAAGCUGGUGUACGAUCUUCUCCCUCCCGGUGUAUGCAAUCUGCUGACUCCAGCAACCAUAUGCGCCAACAAUGAGAUCUGUCUGGGAGACAUUGAGAUCUAUGGAUUUGAUUAUGAUUAUACUCUGGCGCAGUAUUCAGAUAUGUUACAUAAGAAGAUAUUCACUACCGCCAGGGACAUCUUGAUACAACAGUACAAGUAUCCAGAAGGAAUUAGGAAGUAUGAUUAUAUCCCAGGCUUUGCAAUAAGAGGUCUUCACUAUGACAUAGAGAAGAAUCUACUAAUGAAGGUUGAUGCUUUCCAUUAUAUCCAGCUGGGGACUGCAUACAGAGGUCUCAAGCCUGUCCCUGACGAGGAAGUCCUAGAUUUAUAUGGUGGCACACCGCAUAUCCCACUUAUUGAGAUGAGCGACUUUUAUGGAAAGGGACCCACAAUGAAACAGUUCAUGGACAUUUUCUCUCUACCUGAGAUGACUCUGAUUUCCUGUGUUACUGAUUUCUUCAUCAGCAAUGGUAUUGAUUUUGACCCAGUUCAUCUCUAUAAAGAUACAACAGAUGCAAUUCGUGAUGUCCAUGUUAAAGGAAUGUUGUAUGAUUGGAUUGAGAAGGAUAUGGAGCACUACAUCCUUCACGGGGAGGAAGUCUUUGCUGUUCUUAAUAGGCUGGUAAAACACAAUAAGAAACUUUUUCUCAUCACCAACAGUCCCUUCAGUUUUGUAGAUAAGGGUAUGAAGCACAUGGUGGGAAAGAAGUGGAGAGAUCUCUUUGAUGUGAUUAUAGUACGGGCUGACAAACCUGCAUUCUUCACGGACCGACGCAAGCCAUUUAGGAGACUAGAUGAAAGUGGUUCACUGCAAUGGGACAAGAUCAACAGUUUAGAAAAAGGAAAAAUAUACAAGCAGGGAAACCUGUUUGAUUUCCUGAGAUUAACCGGCUGGAGAGGGUCCAGGGUGCUGUACUUUGGUGAUCACCUUUACAGCGAUCUGGCAGAUCUCAUGAUGCGACACGGCUGGAGAACUGGAGCUAUUGUUCCUGAAUUAGAGAAUGAAAUUCGGAUAAUAAGCACUGAACAGUACAUGCAUUCACUGACCUGGCAGCAAGCAGUGACUGGGCUGCUGGAGCGGAUGCAGAUUUAUCAAGAUGCUGAGUCCAAGCAAGUUCUUAUGGAGUGGAUGAAAGAGCGUCAAGAAUUAAGGUCUGUUACGAAGAACCUAUUUAAUCCCCAGUUUGGUAGCAUUUUUAGAACUUACCACAACCCAACAUACUUCUCCAGAAGACUGAUCAGAUUCUCAGACAUCUACAUGGCUUCCAUCAGUUGCCUAUUAAAUUAUGAUCUCAACUUCACGUUUUAUCCACGACGUACCCCACUGCAGCAUGAGGCACCAUUAUGGAUGGAUCAGCUUUGCACUGGCUGCAUGAAGGCUCCUUUCCUGGAUGAGAUGGGUCAUAUCCGAUAAUGGUCUCCAAGAAUUUACCAGCUAUAACAGGAGUUUGCAAGAACCAUGAAUCAAAUCCAGAGUGUUCCAUAACUUAUUAUAGACCUAUCAAGGAAGUCAUGCUGCCCAAGUGUGGCUUGUCGCAACAGACCCUGGCUUUAAGGUCAGGUUCACGUGUAGUGGUGAUAAGAGGAACUGCAACACCACUAUAACUAGAAAGUGUAUUAAUCCAUGUAGUUUUGCUUCUGCAAUGAACAGCUGUAGAUUCUUCCUAUGGAAGCCUCUGUAGGACUUGUUCCUAUUUUUGCUUUUGGGGGACACUGCGAUUGCUUGCUAAAAAUUCUAUCAUGCUUUAGAAAUCGCACCACACGUCUCAAAAACUGCAAUAAAGCCAAGACAUUUUAGUGCAGCCUAGCACACGUGUCUGUCCUGGACUUUCUAAAAAUUAAAAUAUGAUGCGUGAUUGCAAAUUAUGGCACAUCAAAUAGAUGUGAGCACACAAAACCUAUUGAUUAUUGGUUCCUAGCACAAAAUUAGUAAAUUGUAUGGAAGAUUUAUUCUGUAUGGUGCACAACAUUUUUUGGCCUGAAGACCAUGUUGGACUGCAUCACUGAAAAGGCCCCAAUAAUAUUAUUAGCCCUAUGGUGGAUUUACAUGGGACGAUUCUGCAGACGAUUGUCGGGAAGGAAGCGUUCCUUCCUGACAGUCGGCUGCUCACUCAUUGAAAGAGACUGCUACAUUUACAUGUAGCAAUCUCCUUCACUUGCAAUAGCGAUCCCUCGUCCCCAUGCAGAAUCAUGGUCUCUGAGCAGCAGAUUGCGGUUUAGACCACAUGAUUUGCUCCUCAGAAACUAUGAUCAGUGGUGUCUGCAUGAACGACAGGAUCACCCAAUGAACGAGUGUUUCGCUAGUUCAUACGGUAAUCGGUGGCACAUUUACAGGGGCAGAUUGUCGGGAAUGACUGUUCGCAGGAGCGGUCAUUCCCGAUAAUCUGGACGAUUAUUGGCUCGUGCAAAAACUGCUUUAGGCUAAUUUCACAUCUGCGUUUUUAAUUCAGGCUUUGAGAUUGCAUUUAAUACAUCCUGAUGGCUCAGUGCUUGCAGCGGUUUUGUGUCUGGCCCCAAAAUGCAACUGAACUGAUGCAUCCUGACAAUGAAUGGGGACAAAAAUUAACCAUUUAAUUCAGUUUUUGAGAUCCUCUGCCAGAUCUCAAAACCUGAAUUAAAAACUCAAAUGUGAAAUUGGCCUCUGUAGUUCCCCUGGCAGCAGAUCCACUUGUCACUUAAUUUACAAACUUUGGCUACGGUCCUGACUGCUGAUUUACCAAAUCAUUUUAAGGAUAAGUAGCGGUUAUACUUGCCAUAUAAUUCUUAUAGUUCUGUUUUUAGUGCUGCAUACAUCAACAGACGUGGAUAUAUUUGUUAUCACUGUAGCAAAGUGUUCAAGAACCGCUGCUGAUCAAAUUGUAUGUGUCUGUGCGGUUGUGGAGGAGGCAGCUAUUUCUCCUGCCUACUGCUUUUACUGUUCCUGGGGCUUACAGUCUACCAGGCCACAUAAGGCAACUGCAUAUAAUGUACUCAAGGUAAAGUCAAAGAGGGAUGGCUGAGAGGUUUCAGGUAUUGUUUUAGGUGGGACCGGCCAACUAUCUAAUGUAUAUGGAAAUGUCCUAACCUUUCCAUGAGAUGUUGGGUAAGAAGAAUCAGGCUGUUGGGCUUUAGCAUGUACGAUCCUAUUCUUCUCGGGGGCUAUAAUCCACAACCAGAGGUGUCUGACAAUGGCUUACUCCCCUCUCCCUGUUAAACACAUGCAUGCUCAGCCAAGCUCAGGGUGCAUGUAUGUGGAUAGGUAAAGGGGCAGUUUGGUAGAAAGCUGUCAACUAAGGGUACUUUCGCAUUUGCGUUGUUUGAUUCCGGCAGGCAGUUCAGUUGCCUGAACUGCCUGCCUGAUCAGGCAAACUGUAUGCAAAAGCAUGUCCUUUUUUCUGACUGAGCAAGAUCCUGAAAAGUCAGAAAAAUGCUCGAUCAGUCAGAAAAAUGCAUUGCAAUACUGGAUCCGUUUUUCCGGUGUCAUCAGGCAAAACGGAUCCGGUAUUUUUUUUCUUCUCAUUUUUAAAGGUCUGCGCAUGCGCAGACAGGGAGGACGGA